AUGUCUCUUCAAGCACCUUUCGCGCUCUUCGUAACAGCUAAAGACAUUGAUGUCGAUAACAUCAAUAACGGCUUGAGACGUGCCUGGGAAGGCAACUACAGAGGCGGGUGGCAGCUCUGGCUCGCGACCGACUCCUACGACGACAUCCCCAAGGCGCGCAACGACAACGAACUCCCCACGGGUACCGAGCCUCCCAUCUCAGACACCUUCACUUCUCCCUGGGUCGGCAAAUCGCUCGAAGACUGCGCGAAAUGGCUGCAGCAAGCGCCCGCAGACUCUGCCGUACACAGAGACUACUUCACCGCCAUGAACGAGUUCUCAAAGAAAGACGACACUGUUCUAGUCUGUCGCGUGAAGUCGAAAGAUGGGGAUAAGAUCGAGCUGGAGUAUUUCCCGCAGCCCACGGAUAAGAUAGUUAUGGAGAUGGCGACGAAUGGGGGACUAAAGUUUGAUGAGAAGGCGCAGAAUUAUCAGAGGUCGAGGAUGAAGGACGGGAAGCCGGAUAGGAGCAAGGCGGGUCCGUAUCAGUAG